GUUGUCCCGUCGUUAGCAUGAGUUGGCACGCAUACCGGAAGCAGAUUGAAACAACCAGGAAUUAGGCAACAGCAUAAGUUUUGACAGAUUUUUGUAGGGAAUUUGGGGAAUCAUUUUGCUUUUUCUUCGGACUCUGUUAACAGAUUGCUGCCAUGAGUCUUCAGUGGACGGCCGUGGCUACGUUUCUGUACGCCGAAGUAUUUGCUGUACUGCUGCUGUGUAUCCCAUUCAUCUCUCCAAAACGAUGGAGUAAAUUUUUCAAAUCUCGACUGGUUGGUGUGAUUACGGCGUACGGAAACACGGCCUUCAUUGUGAUCAUUUGUAUCCUCGUCUUUCUUCUCGUAGAUGCUUUCAGAGAAGUGAGAAAGUACAGCGUUUCAGAGACGGUGGACCCGAGCAAUCACCCUGUGGCCAUCGAGCACAUCCACAUGAAACUUUUUAGAGCUCAGAGGAAUGAAUACAUCGCUGGCUUCGCUCUGCUGCUGUGUUUGCUGUUGAGACGUUUGGCCACUCUUCUGUCCCAGCAGGCCACGCUGAUGGCCUCUAAUGAAGCUUUUAAGAAGCAGGCGGAGGGUGCAAAUACUGCUGCGAAGAAAUACAUGGAGGAAAAUGAGCAUCUGCAGGAGAAACUGAAGGAAGCAGGUGUGGAGGUGCCUGAGAUGGGUGGGAAGACUAAUGCCGAGGAGAAGAAGAAUCUGGCCGAGGAGCUCCGACAGCUGAAGGAUGAACUCGAUGUGACGAAGAAAGCUCAUCAGAAGGCUGAAAGUGAUGUGAAGGCCAUGAAGAAGCAGGCCGAGAACCUCACAUCAGAGUAUGACCGUCUAUUGGACGAACACAGCAGACUGCAGGUCAAAUUUGAUGCUCAAUCGGAUAAAAAAUCUGACUAAAUGGACCAUAAUGCACCUGGCUGCUUUCCUGCAUCGUCAUUGGCUGAAGCUCUGCUGGGUUUCGUUUCACUUCACUGGCUGUUGAGUGUAAGCUGGGUCCUGUUCCUCACAAACAUGUUUUUUUUUUUGCUAUGAUUUAUUCAAAGUCAAGUUUAUGAAACACUGUACGAUUCUGUUUGCUGUGAUUUAUUGGUAAAACUAUUAUGUAAAGGUUUUGGUAAGAAGGGUGUUACAAACAGUAUGUAUAAAUGUUUUAUAAAUAAUGCCCACUGUUUCAAUAGAAGACCAAAAACGAUAAACACAUUUAUAAAUUA